AUGGGGCAUAUCUUAUCGUUCAUAUCAGGCACACCGCACAAAUAUAAACGAGUUAUAUUUUAUGAAGAUGCAGAAAUAAAACUAUCGAGUAUGAUGUACAGUGGAGAAAAUGUGUUGGUAAUCGAUACAAAAAAUCGUGAUGGAUGUAGAGUACUGUUGAAUCGGGGCGACCUUCUUCGACUUCAAUAUCUCGAAUGUUCUAUUUUCGAAAGCAUCGUGCGAAAAGAAGUAUUCAUCGCUCCGUUAGUUAUAAAACAAUAUGAAGAAAUUGUCGAGUACCACGACAAGAAAUUUAGUCAACAUAAAUCACCGCCGAAAACUGUUGAUGAGAUGGUAGUUUUCAUUAAGAACAUACAAGACGAUCGAGUCGUUAAAUCUAUACCAAAUUUGUCCAAUCAAAUACAGAUAUGUGCAGCCGAACAAUUAGCUGAAUCAUUGUUACACCAGAGGGCGAAAAACUCACAUGAGUAUUCCAAUGAAACGACGGUCAUUUCACCAAUGUUGCCACCAACACCAAUGUCACCUUCUACACCGAUGUCAACACCACCGAGUUUCACAAUGCAAUCACCGAGCAGAGCAGUCAAUGAAAACGACGGGCCGUUACAAUUCAACAGGCGAUCAUUAUCGAAAACGUGCAACUUCGAUUCAGUCGUAUCGGGAAUGUAUUUUGUACCAAAACGUAAACUAUUUUAA